CCGACAGCUCGGGUUCACCGGCGCCCUGGCCUCCCAGCCCACCGCGUACUACGGACAAGGCACCGGUCCGAUCUGGAUGGACGACGUGAAUUGUGUCGGGAACGAGACGUCUCUUCUCCAGUGCGACAUAAGGGAGUGGGGCAACCACAACUGUGACCACAGCGAGGACAUAGGCGUCAUCUGUGAUGCGCCGUACGUCACACCGCAACUGGUCACAACGGCGCCGCCACCUACCACCUUGUUCCCUCCCAACGGCAUCAUCACAUUUUCAAGUUUCAGCGUGAGGCUGGUCCACGGAGGCCCGAACUACGGAAGGAUCGAGGUUUUCGUGAACGGGACGUGGGGAAGCGUCUGUGACGACUACUUCGGGGCGAACGAGGCCAGGGUGGUCUGCCAGGAGCUCGGCUUCGUCGACUACAUCAGCUGGUCAGGAGGGGCGCACUACGGCCAGGGCACCGGGCAGAUCUGGAUGGACGACGUGUCCUGUACCGGCAAAGAGCCGUCUAUCCAGUUCUGUCAGCACCGCGGCUGGGGGGUGGAGAACUGCGGCCACCAUGAAGACGUUGGCGUCGAGUGCCAGGGGCCUGACCGGACCCUGAUCGCCUGUGACUUUGACGUAAACACGUGUAACUUCACCAGCGACACCACGACAGACUUCCUGUGGAGGCGCAGGACGGGGAGAACGCCUUCCUCUGAGACAGGCCCCAGCUUUGACCACACUUCCGGAAACGGGUACUACAUGUACAUCGAGGCGUCCUCGCCACGUCAGAGAGGAGACAUUGCUCGCCUUUGGAGUCCGGUCUUCGAUGCGUACGGGACGCACUGUCUGCAGUUCGCCUACCACGUGUACGGGGACAGCAUCGGAGCACUGCGCGUGCUGGUCGGGAAUGAUCUCGUCUUCAUGAGGAAUACGACACAAGGAAACAUGUGGCAUGACACCAAAAUCGACGUGACCAUGAACCAAGACCAGAUCAUUUUUGAAGGGGAGGUCGGCAUCGGGUGGAGAGGAGAUGUCGCUAUUGAUGACGUGCUCCUGUACAGUGGAUCAUGCCAGUCAAAUGCCGCGACAGAAGCUCCAACGACUCCCGUGCCGGCAACAACCAUUCCAACCGUCAUCAAUCUGGGCGAUUACGACAUCCACCUUGCGGACGGCGGCUACAGCUACGGCCGGGUGGAGGUGAGGGUGAACGGGGAGUGGGGAACGAUCUGCGACGACGGCACCGGCGCGAACGAGGCCAGGGUCAUCUGCCAGGAGCUCGGCUUCCCCGACUACGAAACCUUCCACUGGGGCGCCUUCUACGGCGAGGGGACCGGCAAGAUCUGGCUGAGCGACCUGAAGUGCACCGGGGACGAGUCGUCGGUGAGAAGCUGUAACCACGCGGACUGGGGGGCGAACUCCUGCACACACACACAAGAUUUCAGCGUCGUCUGUAAACAAGAAAUCGAAGUCCGUUUUGCCAACGGCGGCACCGACUCUGGCCGGGUGGAGGUGGAGUACGACGGUAUCUGGGGGACCAUCUGUGACGACGGGUUCGGCGCUGCUGAGGCCAGAGUCAUCUGUCGCCAGCUCGGCUUCCCCGACACCUUCCAGUACGGCGCCUUCUACGGGCCGGGAGACGGGCCCAUCUGGCUCAACAACCUGCAGUGUACCGGCUUCGAGACGAAUGUGGAGCAGUGUACUCAUGACGGAUGGGGCACACAUGGUGGAUGCACCCACUCACAUGAUAUAUCUGUGGCCUGUCAAGGCUCAGUCGCAACCGGAGCUAGCGUUGACUGUGACUUCGAACAAGACAUGUGCGGCUACUACAACUACAAGUUUACGCGCAACCAGGGCCCCACUACCUUCAACCUCACAGGCCCAGACGCAGACCACACGACCGGAUCUGGCUACUACAUGUAUACGGAGUCUGCGGAGCUGUUUCCCGGAGACGCCUCCUUCCUUCUCAGCCCCGUGGUGUCGCCGCUCGCGCCCACGAGAACGUGCCUGCAGUUCGCCUACCACAUGUACGGGGCCGACAUGGGAGACCUCAAGGUGUACGUGCAGAACGGCACCAGCGCCUGGUACCAGCCGUUCGGGCGGUCUGGUGACCAGGGCGACGUCUGGUACACGGAAACCAUAGACCUGGACGCGCCUGUGGGCCAGGUGAUGUUCAUCGGCAUCCGUAGUACUACCGCUACUGGUCUCACCGGAGACAUAGCCAUCGACGACAUUAAGCAUUUCUGGGGACCGUGUAACCUAGGAAGGAAGAGUGAUUUGGGACAAUCUUUUGGUAACAAGAUGGCGGUACUCUGGGUCAUCUUACACCUGAUGUUGGUGUUGAGCGACGGAAUAGCCGAGAACGGAGGAAAUAAAGAUGGCGAAAACCGAGAAAGGGCUUGGUGGACCACACCAUUUGAAACUACACCUUGGCCAACGUGGACUACAGUGUCAAAGACGUCGGCAAGUACUGAUGGCACCUGGUGGGACCCAACGACAGAAUGGCCAUGGGGAACAGAAGGCCCUCCCACAAUUCCUUGCGGUGGAAACAUCACGCAGUCGUCAGGUGUCAUUGAAAGUCCGUACUACCCAAGUCCCUACUUUUGCUACGCCAACUGCCAGUGGACCAUCAGCGUAGCUCCUGGAUCAACCAUACAAGUUGUGGUCCAGGAUUACGACAUAGAAUCUGGCUACGACUACCUGUAUGUCUACGACGGCAGGUCUACCAGUUCCCAACUACUUGAACGCCUUACUGGGUCAGGAUCCUGGCGUUACUACUACAGCUCAUCCAACGAGGUUCUGAUCCACUUCACUAGCGAUGAAAUUAUUGUAACCCGCGGCUUCAGGAUUAGAUAUCAAGAAAUUCAUGGUAACGGCACUACCGAAGAACCGACCACGACUCCAGACACUUGGUGGUGGACCACGGCCUGGAACAACUGGUGGACGGCACCUGCAGGAAAUACCGACUACUACCACAACUUCCGGGUCCGACUGAGGGGCGGUGACGGCUACAGCUACGGCAGAGUGGAGGUCUACUACAACGGACAGUGGGGGACUGUCUGCGACGACAACUUCGGGUGGCAAGAAGCCCGAGUCGUCUGCCGUGAGCUGGGAUUCUCCACCUACCGCACCUACCACCACAGCGCGUACUACGGACAGGGCAGCGGACCGAUAUGGAUGGACGACCUGAACUGCGACGGGCACGAGAGCUCCCUGCAGUACUGCCGACAUCUCGGUUGGGGGAGCCACAACUGUGGACACAGCGAGGACGUCAGUGUGAUUUGUGAUGCCUUUAAUGGAACAACCGAAGAACCGACCACGGCUCCCGACACUUGGUGGUGGACCACGGCCUGGAACAACUGGUGGACGCCAGCUGAUCAUACUAAUUAUUAUCACAACUUCCAGGUCCGACUGAGGGACGGAGACGGAACCUACGGCAGAGUGGAGGUCUACUACAACGGACAGUGGGGGACUGUCUGUGAGGACAACUUCGACUACAGAGAAGCCCUAGUCGUCUGCCGUGAGCUGGGAUUCUCUGAUUAUUCCUCCUACGGUAAUGCCUUCGGACACGGCAGCGGACAGAUAUGGAUGGACGACCUUGGCUGCUCUGGGUACGAGAGCUCCCUGCAGUACUGCCCACAUCGCGGUUGGGGGAACCACAACUGUGAACACCACGAUGACGUCGGAGUCCAUUGCU